AUGCACUCUUCCAGCUAUCCUAAGAGAUCUCUCUCCCAAGCAUCAACCAGCUCUACCUCCUCUCGCACCAGUCAGCACUCCCAGAAGAAACGGGACGGAUCUUCCUCUCUGUCCUCAAAGAUCUUUCUGUCUAAAUCCCCUGCUCCAAUCGAUAUUCCUAAGAGCCGUUCCUGCCAGGACUCGACCAUCUCUCAGGCUCAAGACAUCUCACGGAGCUACCCCGACUUUUCAUACUUCCCCGACCACCAAUAUCACUCUACCAGCCCGACAGAGAUGUCUCCCACAAUUUCUUCACCUCGGUCCCCAAAGCGUGACUUUGCGACCAAGCAAGGUACAACCUCAGUCCGCAAAGACUACCGCCGUUAUAGCGGGACUGUCAACCACUACGGACGGCACUCAAACGAUUGGCUUUUUGGUGGCUUCAGUGUUCGUGAGACUGUCCGCGAGGGCAUUGAGAAGCUUCGCGGCUCCGACAAGGACAGCUGA